AUGAGGGCCGUCCUUUUACCAUUAUUUUUGCUGCUGCGGACGAUAUAUGCAAAUGAUCCAAAUGAUGAAAUUGAGGAGCUAGCCGAGUUACCAGUAAUCCACACGGCAUUUGUGCAAACCGGCAGCGAGUUGCACUAUUUCUCUGAAAGCUCCACACAUGAUGCCCUCCUAUUUUCUGGCGGGAAGUUGAGGGGUUCGUCAAAAAAAUGGGAUGCCCCAGAUGCAGACAGCCCACUCAUUUUCGACCCGCCAAUGCUGGAUUUUGGAGAUCAAUCGAUCGGGAUCCCUGCGGUUCGUCGAGUACGGGUCAGAUCUCGGCAGCCGGAGGCCGUCAAAUUUGUAUCGUUGAUGGCCUCCACGAUCAAUUUUUACACAAACUUUUUCGAUAAAGAGCAAUUGGAAUCGCCGGACGAUGAUGCUUGGCUGGAAGUAGCCUUUCUUGCCCGUGACGAAGGCCGCGUGGCUGGCCAGCUUCUCGUCCAUAUUCCAGAGGGCACUAUACACUACCAAUUGCUUGGUACGGGUGCUCUAAAUCCGUAUCGGUUGCAAACGUUCACUGGAACCAGGCUACCGUUAAAUGGCACAAUCGCAAAACCAAUCACCAUACAUAAUCCUCAUGAGCAUACUCUUAAAAUUAUGGAAGUACACUCAAGCGGUGGCGAUAUCCACGUUGAACUUAAACCUGAAUGGGAUGAAAAGUUAAAGAAAGAAGCACGAAAUUUGAUACUGCGACCAUACGAAACCAAGCGCAUUGGCGAUUUUGUAACUUUUGGUGGAGGUGAAGUCAAUACAACCGCAUUCAUCCGAAUUGUUGGCGAACUGGCGACACCGGAGCCGACCCAAAAGGAGGUUUACAUUGCCUAUCCCGUAGAGGUGACCAAGAAAAAUGGGAUUUUUCCACAUGAAGAAUAUCUAGAUUUUGGUCUAAUUCCGAAUGGCGCUCGAUCACAUCCAUUAAAUUUUACGAUAUAUUCUACGUUAAAUUCGGCGAUUGAUUUUGAGCAACUUUACAUCGACCGUGGUGACCACAAUUUGGCAUACAUGGAGUAUAUCCAAUCACCUCCGAUUCGGGUGCCGCCUUCAAAACGGUGCAAAAACCCGGUGCCGACACCAUUAGUGAAAGUGUGGUUGGAUCCGAGCCGUGUGCAAAUGAACACAACAAAGCCGGCCGUGAAAACGGCGCUUGGCAGAAUAAUCGCCAUUUCGAGGGGAGGAAAUUAUAACGUGACGGUUCCAAUUAUGGCUCGUGUCUAUCAGGGGGAAGUCAAUGUUUUUGAAAAUGACCUUUGCUUACACGAUUCGUUGAGGCCGCCAUUCAUGAGAGGAGUUCGGCUCAUCAACAAUCUUCCGUUUGGAGUAGCCAUUUGGAAUAUCUCGUUGCCAGAUGAUCUUAAAGCCUAUAUGACGGUCCGCCUUUUCAAUCGAAUAACCAUUAUCCAGCCUGGUGAAACUGGUUCUGUAUUUUUGCUGAAAUACAAUAGGAGAGCUCCUGUAGGAUAUAUUUCAAAUGUGACCGUGCACACAAACAUCACGGAUUGGACACUACCGGUGAAAUUCUUCAAUGGACGGGUUCUCGUUGACUUGUACACCGACAACCAAAAGACGCUGGAUUUUGGAUUACUGGAAAGGAACGAUUCGAGAACCAUUCGGUUCGAAGUUCGAAACGACAAUCCAGCGUCUGUAUGGUUGCGUAAUCUACGGGUACCAAAGCCAGAUUACAUGCAACUCUAUGAAAUUGGGUAUCGAGCGAACAACGAAACGGAAUUGACACGUGCGAAAAGGAAGCUAAAGCAGGGUACUGACUCUUUGGUUGAAGCCAACAAGACGUCAGUCUUUGAAAUCACCUUGCGGUCACCCCCAGAUGCACAUGAAGGCAACAGCGAUGAUUUGAUCUUCAAACUCGAGACUGACUACGAAAGCCGUCAUUUCCCUAUUGUCUACAAGGUGGCACCCGGGAAUUUACUCGCGAUCCCGAGUGCAUUGGACUUUGGAAUGAUGCACCCUGGAAAACUGGCAUAUCGAUCGCUCAAGAUAUUUAACGCAUUUGAUAUGGAUAUGACGGUGACAAAAAUUUCGAGUGUUGACCGCGAUGCUCGGGUUUAUUUUGACGCAAUUGAUCCGAACAAGCCGUUGGAGUUGAAAUCCGGGCGAGUGGCUGAACUAGGCCGUGUUAUUCUACAUCCAGGCUUCAACUGCCCGCGAAUUGAUUGCUAUCUCGGGGUGCCUUUGGGCAGUUCAGAUGGGCAAUGGUUCGUGCAUGGCCUGAACCUGCCGAAAAACCUUGCCCAAGUGGAUCAGUAUUUGUAUAGACGAAUGCGCGGUAACUACGAAGACCUGCUGAAGAAACAAGGCCGGUGGCUGAACACAACGAUUGCGAUUGACACUACACUUGCCAAGAACGUCAGGGUCCCGGUUCGAGCAGAGAUGGUUUGGCCAAGACUGUUGACCCGAAACUCGGUCCAUUUCCCACUGACGGCGCUUGGAAAUUUCACGAUUGUAAAUCUCACGCUGCAAAACCCAACAUCGAGUCCGAUCGUCGUGCAAAUAAUUCCAUUGGUGAUCUACCCUGAUGCAGAACUACUUGUUGACCUCUUCCGGGAUGUCUUGGCGUCACCUUUGACAAAUCAGGUGGAAAUGAACGAAACACUCAUGUUCUCCCUCCGCGAUACGGAACUCUUUACGUUGAAGCCAGAUUCUCCCGUACCAGAAUUGCGCGAAGAUUUGGAAAAGCAUCUAAAGAUGACCGUGCCGAGGUUUACGCUGUCGUUACUGCUGAAGCCACAUAUGAAAAUCCGGGUCCGACUUGGAUUUUUACCAUCGGAUUAUGAGCUGCGAUCAACGCUUCUUUUGAUUAGAAACAAUCUAACCGUCAUUGAACCUGUUACGGUAUACGGUCGUGGAGCAAGGAUUGGAAUGCAGGUUGGCGGUAUCGAUUCUCGAACACGAACGCCUUUACUCUUCGAAAUUCGUCAUGAUCAUCUCACCGACUGUAGCAAUCCAAAAAGAUUGCUGCAUCAAUUGACUUCAACAUUGACGGUCAGGCGGCCUUUUAUGGUUCAGAAUACGGGCGAGGUUCCAUUCACUGUUGUCAACAUGAGCAUCAGCGGGGUACCAUGCGAGAACCGAGGGUUCCGCAUUCUAAACUGCAGCCCGUUCCGACUGGCACCAAAUGACACUUAUGAAAUUCAUGUGGCGUUUACCCCGGAUUUCCUGUCGCAUGUCAACGACGCAGACCUUCAACUCUAUAUGCAUAUGAAUGGAAGCGCAUGGGUAUACCAUAUUGCAGCAACGGUGCCAUAUGAUAUGAUGUCAAAAUGUCAUCAAGCUCUUCCGCGUCCGCCAUUUGAAAAUCUGAUGUACUAUAGUUGUGCUACCGUGUUAGUAUUUACAUUCGUUUGCGUGGUAGCAUGUGCUUACUUGGAAGGAGAUCGAGCGGUUACGUGUGCGAUUAAGGAAACUUUCAGCAAUAUUCGGCCGGUGUUUGACCUCAAUAACAUCCAUUUUGGUGGCGGCCCUACAUCUCCACGUGAGUUCCAUGAGGACCACCUGAAUACGGUUAUAGGAGUACCAUCGAACAUUACGACGAUGCCAAGUUCCGUACAGGCGCGUGAAGAUGAUGGCGCAUUGGCCAAGGCCUUCUACUCUUCCGCCAACGCCGUCAUUGCAAUCGUACAUCGUUUAUGGAAAUUCACCCUAUUCCUUCGACCGGCCGACGAAACACAACGAACUGCAACACCACCAAAGCGUCGUGGUCCGGUUCAGCAACGCUGGAGGGAGCAGCGGCUCAAAAGAAAAGAAGCCGACCUCCAAACAAAGGGUGUCAAGAAGGUCCAACCGGUGGCACCGCUACCCGCCCAGCCUCCAAAACCACCACAACCCAAACAAACUGGAAAGGGUAACAGUUCGCCAAAACAAGCUACAGUGUCUCGGAAGAGCCGUAAGGAAGCUGAGAAAACAGACCCGAAAUAUCUAUUGGCAACAAAUUCCACGGCCGGCGAGACAAACCGCAGUUCAUCUCGAAAAUCUGAUGACAGCAGCCGAUCGACGACUUCAAGAGUCCCUCCCGCUGCGAAGCAUCAAAAAGCUACCGCAGCAGUACUUCCAACCCGGGCUGGAAGCUCUGCUAAUAUUAAGCAGAACGAGGACAACGGCUAUUUGGAGCCACCUCCGCCAUUCGUUCCCCGGGAGCCAUCACCAAACGCCGUGCCCUCGAUUUCACCUGUCCCAUCUCAGCAUAGCCUUCUGAGAACCUCAAGUCCUUCGCGUUUCUCUGAAGCUAGCGACCUUCCGGAAUGGAGUGAUGAACAGUUUGAGGCACUCGGCGGUAACGUGGAUGCGGAAUUCUCGGAUCUGGCCGCAGCAUCUGAAGGGUUAUUCGAUGAACCAUCGAUGCUGGAUGAUCAUCCCGGAUAUUUGCUGCCUCAUGGUUUGGGCAUCAAAGAGAAAUCACCUAGGAAGAAAACGCAAGAUGAUAAAAAUCGACAUGAAAGUGGUUCGUCAACACAAGGGUCUGCCUUUAGUAGGUCGCAAACAUCGGCCUCAUCAUCAAGCAGUAUCCCUGGUGGUCGGCUCCCCGCAUUCCUGGACGACCCACCAUCUCAUCGUAUCCAGGAGCUUGUCUACGGUGAUGGCCUGAGAAAUCGGCUUCCAACUGCCGUCCCUGCAACAAACCUCGAUCUCGGCAGCUGGCCAAUGCCACAACAAGUCCCACAAUUUGGUGGUAUCACUCAGGAGGAGAUCGAGAGUCUCCUCGAUUCGGCCGAGGCAUUGGUGCCUCAAUCAAGCCCCGCCUGGCCUACCGUACCCAGCCAACAGUCACUACACACCGCGACGUUCGAGCCACCGUCCACCUCUGCAUACCAGAUGCAUUCGCUGCGGGAUGACGAUUUAGUGCCGAAUGUCGGAGAGCUUGGUACAAACCUUGGAUAUUCCUGGUUUGGUUCCAAUUUAUGGUCCAACGACUCGACGGUAAACCCGCAGCUCGCCUGGGCCAGCUUCACGCCAAAACAGCCGGAAGAAGAGAAGAAGAACGAA